UUGGUAACGGAUAUGGGUCGGGUCAUAAUUUAUCCCCAAGGCGUGAACAAAACUUCUCUUUCAUUCUUCAUCUUCAACAACUAAAGAAAGAUCUUUGAAGGUGGUUGUGAUCUGAUCAUUCAACAAAACCCCUAUUUUUUAUCAAUCGCCAAUCGACUCACCUACAAGAGAACAUACAAUGGAAUUGGCAGACAGGGCGAUCGGGUUCAUUUUAGCAAGCAUUAGUGUGACCAUUUUCACCUAUUACACCUUUUGGGUGAUUAUAUUGCCCUUUGUUGACGAGGACCACUUUGUACACAAUUACUUCUUACCUCAAGAAUAUGCAAUCUUGCUACCUGUUUAUGCUGGCGUGUGUCUUAUUUGCUUCUUAUCGGUCUUUAUUGGAUACGUGAUGCUCAAAUCCAAGAAGAAGAAAGCCUAAUGCAAGAUCUGCACUAAAUUUUGAGGUAUUUUAGGAUCAGUUUAUUUUUCUGUUCAACACAAUGGUUUUUAAUGUGAAUUCUGAACAAGUUAACAGCAUGUUUUACCGUUGUACUUUGCAUAUGAUAUACAAAAUUAUUGGGAUGUAAUAAAAAAAAAGAGUUGACAUUUGUUUAUCA